CCCGUCGUCGCGUUUGGUGACGAGACAUUUGUGCGACACAGAGAAAAGUCAGGAACCAACUUCGCGAACCAACCAGGUGUGAGCCUCCUGCUGGCAAUGGGGGACAUGAAGACCCCAGACUUUGAUGACUUGCUGGCAGCUUUUGACAUCCCAGACAUCGAUGCCAAAGAGGCCAUUCAGUCAAGUCCAGAGGAGCAACAGGAUGAAGAUGGAGCUGAUGGAGACGAGCGAGAGAUUGGGUCUCCGUCGUGCUUCACCUCCUCUUCGACCUCGCUAAGCAAGCCCCCCGUGGUCAGUGUCAUUGUGAAAAACAAGGUGCCACCUGAGUCUUACGAAGAGGAGGAGAAUAAAACCGACAAUUCCUCAAGCAGCGGUGUGAACCCUCAGGUUAAAGUCAAGUUUAGUGACCAGGCGUUGCGGCUUUCUCCUAAAAUGUCUGCUGAUUCUGUUCAGGAGCUUCAGAUUGCAAAUGGAUUUGAGGAGUCUGCCCCAAGGGAUUCAGGACUCUCCAACACAAAGCAGUGGCCUCACUCUUCACCGCUGCAAUCGACACAGCUCGCUAAUGAGGGUCAAAGUGAUAACGGUGCUGAGGUUGGGUCGGUCCAGAACACUACGGAUGACGUGAACAACUUGAAGCCUAUCCUCCACCUCCAGUCUUCUGCUUGUGUCAACCCCAACUCAUCAUCACCUCCAUCCCUACACUGCAUCAGCCCUCACCCUCCAUGCUCCCCGAAAGAGGAGGAACCUUGUCUCCUCAGUAAUCUAUCUUCCUCCCCUCUACAGAAAAACAGGUCUGUUCUGGCUGGAAUAAAGCGUGUGAUGGACUCAGAUGAAGACGACUCAGACCUAGAUUUAGGAAGUCCACUGGUGAUCCAGGAGAGCCCUGAAUCUGAAAUGUCUUCCCCUCCAAAAUUCAAACACAGAGCAAGAGUACAGACCAAGCUCCUCCAGUCUCCCAUGUCAAGCUCCAAUCUUGACUCUAAUCCUCCUAAUCUUCCUUUUCUGCAACCUGCAAAUCCUAAAUCCACAUUUGAGGAAAAGACACCAUCUUCCUCCUUCAGUCUUUCCUCCACAGCUACUCUGCCACAAAGCCCCCCGGACAACCUCCCCUCUUUCAGCACGACCUCUAGAUCAGCCCAAGAGGAGAAAUACCCUGAACAUGUGAUUGAUGAGAGGGACUCACCUGAGAGCCCACCACCCAGUGAGACAGGUCUUUUAGUCUCCAAGAGAAGAAGCGGCCCUGAUUCUGCUCAAACGUCAGGCCUGGCAGCAAACCACAAGGACUUUCAACCUCAAGAUGAGCCCAUGGAAACGGAGCCCAGAGAAGUAAAACUGUUGGGAGAAGCUAAGGAACUGAGUAAAGAUAGGAUUGGAGAUGGAGAAAACUUAACUGAGAGCUGUGGUUCUGAUUCUAAGAAUCAUAUGAUUGCUGAUGCUACAGACACUCCAUUGCGUCCCCUCAAAGUUAAAAUAAAAAUGUCUACAGGCAGCGUCACAAGGACGGUGACUGGGGUAUCACCUAAAAGAGGUGGAAAAGCCACUGUCAAGGGUGCGGAUGCUUCAGAACCUUCACCAGAGCGUCAUAACACAAGAUCCAAGAGGGAGUUAGCACAGCAAUCCCAGACCCUCCUCAAUGCCAAAUACAAACCUGCUGCAGACACAGAAACUAAGCCUAAAGUUUCCCCCACGGCUGUUAGCAUCACUAAAACUGCAGCCCUGCCUUCCAUCUCUGUCUCCUUUCCCAAAGUCACCCCAGGUGGGAUCAACGCUCGCAGCCUGGCUUCAAAAAGUCUGCAGGGUGGGAUGACACUCCCAGCACCAUCACCCCUGCUCCACCCUCAAGGCAGCAGCAGACCUGCCUCCAUAGUUAACAGCACAGGGGCGAUCAUAUCGAAGAGUCAGACCAACCUGGUGGAAGCGUUCAACAAGAUCCUUAACAACAAGAACCUGCUACCAAGCUACAAACCAGAUCUGAGCUCCCCUCUUCCUGCAGAGUGGGGCCUCCCUCUUCCUGCACAGGGUUACCGCUGUUUGGAGUGCGGUGAUGCCUUCGCCCUGGAGCAGAGUUUAGUGCGGCAUUAUGCUAGGCGCUCGCUGAGGAUUGAGGUGACCUGUAAUCACUGUGCCAAGCGCUUGGCCUUCUUUAACAAGUGUAGCCUGCUUUUACAUGCCAGAGAGCACAAGGAGAAAGGCCUGAUCAUGCAGUGUUCACACCUGGUCAUGAAACCUGUACCUGUGGAGCAGAUGAUUAGCCAGCAGGAACCCACAGCUGUAGGAGUGUCGGCACCUUCUACAGGCACGGCCAUCUCAAGUCCAACACCCUCUGCACAUAAAGCAGUGUCCAACAAGAAAUCGGAGGCAGUGCAGUACAUCGGUAAUAAAUGUCUUGAGUGUCAGGCUCAGUUCAGCAGCAAAGAGGAGGUGGCUGAGCAUUUUCAAGAAAUCCGACCAGCACAAACCACACCGUGCACCGAGUGUUCUCCCCCCAUGCUCCUGCCCAACAGCUGCAGUGCGACAGCUCACCAGCGCAUUCACCAAGGCUGCUCUCCACACGUCUGCCCAGAGUGCGGGGGCACCACCAAGCAGCCUCGGUUUCAAACACACCUGGAACACACCUGUUUGCAUUUUGCACGUCGCAUUGGAUACAGAUGUUCCAGUUGCCUGGUGGUGUUUGGAGGACUAAACUCAGUGAAGUCUCACAUCCAGCAGGCUCAUUGUGACAUGUUCCACAAGUGCCCCAGCUGUCCAAUGGCUUUCAAAUCUGCUCCCAGCAUACAGACCCACAUCAACAGCAACCAUCCGCUGUUAACCGACGCACAGACAAUGUUGAUCUUUAAGUGUGUGAUGUGUGACACAGUUUUUACAAACAAGCCCCUGCUGUACGUCCACUUUGACACUCAUUUGACCAAUCAGAAGGUGCAAGUGUUUAAAUGCCCUGGGUGUACCAAACUGUUUUCUCAGAGGAAUUCUCUACUUGAUCAUUACAAGACUCAUAAGACUCCGAUGUUAAAGCAGGAGCUGCCUACUCCUCCAGCUGCUUCCUCUCGAUCACGGCCUUCUUUAAAGUCAGAGAGCUCAGAUGGAGACGACUGGAUGGAUGAAGAGAAAGAAGAGAAAGUUAAGCCAGAGAGGAUUAAGGCCCCCUCUGGGUGGAAGUGUGCACCUUGCCAUGCGCAGUAUACAGACCGAGAGGACUACAUUGCCCACAUGGCCAAACAACAUGGCAAGACUUUGAAGAAGUUUCCUUGCAACAAGUGUGAAAGCUCCUUCACCACCACCUCCAGUAUGAGACGUCACAUCAGAGACAAGCACAAAGUCACCAGUCGAGGCUUUCGCUGCCAGUUUUGUAAUAAGGGUAAGAAAACAUUCAGCAGCAGAGCGUUGCUGGAGAGGCACAUUCAGCUGAGACACAGAAUGGACACUGAAAGCUUUGACACACUGAUGGGAGAUGGAGAUGAGGCAGACAGUUCCUCAGAGCAGGACAGCAGUUUGGGGGCCUCCCGGAGACGCAGAGGAGCUGUAAAGAAGGAGCAGGAUGAGGAUUCAGCAGACGGGGUGAGUCCAGUGAAGAAGCUGCAGUCUUCCUCCUCCUCCUCCUCUGCUCCUCCCUCUUACUACCCUCCUGAGUCUGGGUUCCGCUGUGCCCCCUGUGGCUUCACCACAGAGGACCAGGCCUUGUUCCUGGAGCACAUCAGCCAGCACCAGCGAGGAGGGACGGAGGGUGGCGGUCAGCAGUGUCAACAGUGCGGCGCCUGCUUCACGUCCACCUCCGCCCUGUCACGCCAUCGCUUCAUCUCUCACAAAAUCAGAAAUGCAUUGAAUGAAAACCAGCAGCAGUCAGUCAGCGUGCACCCAGCACCAUCUCACAAUAACGGCAGGAACCACGAUGAUAAGACUUCUCUGGACGGUUCUGCGCCAGCGUCGCCGUCCUCCAUAGCUCCAGGGCUUGAAGAAGAGGGCUCACUUACAUGUAAGGUGUGCGGGAAGCAGUUUGAAAAGUCAUCAGAUCUAAACACACACUUCAGAACUCAUGGUAUGGCGUUUAUUAAUGCAAGAAAUGCAGGAAAAACUACCUGAGAUGCCAUUGGUGGGGUAAAGUAGUGCGGUUAGGUGAUGACAAAAUAUUUUCAAGUGCCUUAUUUGUCAUCGACUUCUCAUCAAAGUGUUGGUUUAACACCUAUGCACUAAUUUAUCCAAAUAUUUGUUUGAAUAUAUAGAGUAGAUUGAUUUUGACUGCUCAAUAUAACUAACCUUCUGCUUGUGACACUCAGGGCAUCAUGCUGCAUUUCUGUGCUCAUCAUAAUGAAAUCAGAGCUUCUCUCUGGUCUGUGAGCAGGCAGUCUGACUACUUCUCUGUUCUGACUGUAUUCACAGAAUUAUGUCUGGACUGUGAAUGCAGGAACCAAUCCUUAAUGUGAUACAUUUAAUUGAAUGUUGCUAGGCAAUGGAAUGUGUCUGUUGUGAUUUCAAUGUUGUCAUACUAUAAAGGAGUUUUUAAGGUGCUUUUUAGUUUCUCUGCAAAGCCCUUUAUUUUUUAUAUCUUUGAAAAUUUGCUGGUUAAGAACACGUUUGCUCAGUCACUGUUUACUGUAAACUUGAUACGUAUUGCCAUCUAUUUUCAAAAAGAUAAAUUAACAUUUUUAGAUUGAAUUAUAUCUUUAAAGUUACAAUCUUUGACAUUUUCAGUUUAAUAAAUGUUUGUUACUACCUACUACUAUCUUUUAUCCAAUGAGUUAGCAUUAUGGGGAUUGAACGUUAGGCCCAUUAAUGAAAGCCCUUAAAUAUUCUGUUAAGAAAUAAGUUUCCAGUCGCUAUAACUGGGAGAAGUAAUUGAUGUCAGCAGUGAUUGGUCUGACUUGAUAAAUUAUUUUUUUUCUGUGGCACAACAGACCAAAAAAGAUCCAGAAGUUGACAUUCAAAUAUAACAAAUUCUAACAAAUCCCCAAAAAUAGUUGCAAAUGUGAUAAUGAGAUGAGGACAUUGAACAAAAAUUUCUGCAAGUUCACCGUUUUGUUAAUUUUUUUUUGUACAAUCUGAAUCUGCAAUCACUGCAUGAACUCAACUGAGAUCGACUUACUUUAAACGCAGCCAUUGAUUAUUACACAUUUUAAUGUUUAGAUUUCUGAUAAUUUACAAGGACUUUAAUGCUUCUUUAAGAAAUGUGGCGUAUUCUCAGUGUGCUUGAAAUGGAAAUAAUAUUGUGUGUUUUGACUUUUGAUUUGUAAAUCAUGUUUUUUUGGAUUACUGUAAACUGAUCAUUAGUAUGCAUGUGAUCUUAGGUUUUUUUUUUAAUCAUCUUCGAUAUUGCUAAAAAAUAGAAUUAUCAUGCUUCAGCUUAACGGACUUCAUUUCUGGUAAUCAGUCGUCUAUUGCUGCACAUGGAGUGAAAGGCACAGAUCAGGCUUUAGUGAUUGACAGGCCACAUCAACACAGGGAUGUCAAAUCACAAUGUCAGAAUAGAUUUUUUUAUACAAAGACAUGAAUGGUUUCAGUGCUGUUUGUUUUAUUAUUUUCUAUAAUUUUGGGCAAGCUGAUGCUUGUCUAAAACAUCUGCGGCCCCAGGAUCCAUAAAGGACGCACAUAAUCUGAGCACUCGUGUGAGUUUGUUUUAGAAAGAGUAACUACCCCUUAAGUGUCUGACAUGUUUGUGCUUGUGUUUACUACUUAGGAGAUCAUCCAUUGUUUUAAGACACACUGUUAUAUUUAACUGUCUGUUUCUGCAUUGACGAGACGAUUUCUAACCAAAUGUUUGUAAAAAAAAAAAAUUCCAUAUUAAAAAGGGAAAAAAAAAUUAAAAGACAUUAAAACUGAAA